AACGAUUGUAAACACCAGUUUUAGACAUUUCGGCGCUUUCAGUCUGAAAACACUGAAAGCAAUGGUCACGUGACUCCGUCGUCUGCACGAUCGUCGAGGUCACGCACACGCAGAGCACGCUUCGUCCGUUGCCGGGCUGCCGGAGUGAACUUUUUCGUUCCAGUUCGGAAUUGGGCGUCUUCAAGAAACGGUCAGCGAGGAACCUGUGAACCCAAAACUAUGGAUUUCAACGAUGCCCUUGCCGGCGCUGGCGACUUUGGCGUCUACCAGAAGUUGCUCAUCUUUCUGCUGGUUGUUCCCUCCGGUGCUCUGUGUGCCCUCGUCUACUUCACCCAGUACUUCAUCAUCCUGAUCCCAGAUAAUUACUCCUGCAAGUUGCAGGUUCCUCCAGACGAUCUUCUAGCAGCUUCCAACAUGACGCUAAAGGCCCUGAGACAAUUCGCCCUUCCCCCCGACCCCAACCGAGGGGGCGAUCUAAGCCGGUGCCACAUGUACGACGUGAACCUGACAGAUCUGCUCGCCACCGGAGUCGGAGAGGCCAACGCGAGCUGGGCCGUGGUUCCCUGCAAGGAUGGCUGGGAUUACGAGUUUGGCAGCCUCUACCCAACCAUAGCUACUGAGCUGAACAUGGUGUGCGACCAGGACGAGCUGUCGUACUACGUCCAGGCAUUCUUUUAUGCCGGCACCAGCAUCGGAUCGGUGGCCUUUGGAUUCAUUGCUGACAGGUAUGGCCGCAAGCCCUCCAUCAUCCUUAGCUACGCCCUGGCCUGGGUGUCGGGCAUCGUGUCUUCCUUCAUGACCAACCUGUUUGCCUUCAUGAUCCUGCGCUUCCUCGUCGGCAUGUGCAUCAUUCCCCUCUCGGAGGACCCCUACAUACUCAGUCUGGAGUACAUUGGGCCCCGCUGGCGCACCGUGCCCAUCGUGCUCUGGUCGGCCUCCUACAUAGUGUUCUCGAUGGUCUGUCCCUGGCUGGCGUACGGCAUCUGCAACUGGACCUACCUCAGCAUCGUCACCAGCAUGCCGCUGGUCAUGGUGGUCGUGUUGAUCAAGUUUGUGCCAGAAUCUGCCAGCUGGCUGCUGACUCGUGGUCGCCACGACGAUGCCGUCAUGUAUCUUCGUAGGGUCGCCCACUUCAACAAGAAAGAGAUCCCUGAAAAUAUUGAAUUGAAGAUUGCAGAGAACAAGAGAAAAGGUGCCAGCAAGAAAGUGACCUUCUUGGACUUGUUCAGGACACCAAGAAUUCGCAAGCACUCCAUCCUGAUGCUGUGUGCCUGGUUCAUCACUUACUGCUGCUACCACACCAACGUGUACAACACCUCCUUCCUGGGGACCAACGUGUACCUCUCGUAUACCCUUGGCUCCCUGGUGGAGCUUCCCGGACUGCUGCUGGUCCUGUUUGGUCUGGACACGUUGGGCCGACGCUGGCCCAUGAUCAUAGUCACUGGCGUGGCCGGAAUCGUCGGGGUGGUUGCCAUCCUCUUCCGCAACGGGUCCCACGUGAGCAUCCUGGUGCUGAGCCUGCUGAUGCGGGUGUGCCUGACUGCUGAGUAUGACACCAUCAUGCAGUACUCGGCCGAAGUAUACCCCACAGUGCUCCGGGGCAGGGGCCUGGCCUUCCUCCGCUUUGCGGGCACCCUCAGCCUCUACGUGAGCCCCUCCAUUGUCUACCUGUCCCGUGUGAACCCGACGUACCCUAUGCUCAUCACGGGCCUGAUGUCUCUGGUGCUGAGCGUGCUGUCCGUGUUCCUGCCAGAGACCAAGGGCCAGCCCAUGCCCCAGUCGCUGCAGGAUGGAGAGAGCUUCGGGGCCGGGCAGCGCCUCCUCGACUGCCCCUGCCUUGCAGACAGGGAAAACAGGCAGAACAAGGCUGCUGCUGUCCCCGUGGCUUCCUGCUAAGCGGUUGGGGAACAAACCUGUCGUGCGACACAACCUACAGAUGGGGAGAGGGGUUGUCUUCCUCACAUAUUUUGGUUUCUCCACGGGAACUAAUUUAUUUUAUUUUAUCAACCUUAAAAGAGGGAACGCAUUUCCUCUGUGUGAAACAAACCGCUGGCAAUGAAUAUGUCGCAAUAUACUCGUACAUAUCAACGACGGACACUUGAGACACAAUAAGACAGUAUGCUCUUAGUAAUUCAUCUCUUUCAAGCUGUGGCCACAGUGUGUGACAUCAUUCGGUUGCUGCAUUUCUGCUUUGGUGUAGAUGUUACUGUCGGGUACGAGAACAGUCUAGGUGUUGCACUUGUCAUUGUUCUGUUUUGUUGUCUUACUUGUUCGCUGGUGGCAUAGCCAUCGACUCAACCUGCCUUACACCACGGUGUGACCGAAAGAGCUUAUGUCGAUGUUUGCUGUUGUCUAGCCCAGCACUUGGUUGUGUGACCUUGUCCCUCAACCAUCUCGCCCUCCAUUAUUUGGCAUGUUUCUGGGUGUCGGUUGCAGAGGCCUCAAUUGGAAAAACGGUUGUGGACAAUGGCGUUGGAUGCUUGAUGUUGUGUCGGUUCUUCUGGGGUUUGUUUCUUCCGGGUCUUUGCUUCCCAGCAAAGCACUGGAGGUUUUUAUUCAAAAUGUGAGAUUGUUAUUUAUAAAUUUAUAUUAGGUGGUUCAUUGCAGAGUCGGGAGACACUGCUCAAGAGUUGUGUGCAUAGUUUAAAGCAUAGACCACAUAUCUUUGCCGGUGUUUUUUUCUUGUAGUUAAAGCGUGUAUUGUUUCAUUGUUAGGUUGAAAAUUUUCCCUUUACCAGCGAGGCAUAGGCACUUCUUGAUGGGCUGUUCUCUUAACAGGAUCACAAUUUAGUAUUCUAACGCUGGAGAUGGUCUGUGAUGGCCGGUGUAAUAGAUUGUUUUGUUCUUUGAGAGCCACUUUGGCAACAAGCAUUUCCUGCACCUCCAAGGAUUGGUCAUGCAAGCAUAGGCACAUUGUUAAUUCGUCAGUUUCUCUCUUAGUCAUGUUGUGGUUGCUUUUUGACCCAUACCUUUAAUGCUCCCCUAGUGAGUGUUUAAGUGUUUGAUUUCAUGAUAACUUAUAUAUAGAGGAACCCAGUUAUAAGCAGCUCUCUUACUUCAUACCAAAGCUCUGGAUCCUAUUAAACACUCAUUUAAGGACAUAUUGCCUAUACUACUAUAAUAUGUCUUAACUUCAUUUAUAUUUCAUGUAAACUAUGGCUUCCAAAUGUACUUCUACAAAUCUAACUUCUAUUUUUUUUAUUAUUUUUCUGAGUUGUGAGAUUUUAAUAAGAUCUGCUCAUUAGUGUUGGGAAACGCAUGUAAAUCCUCAGAACAAUUUUGUUUGUUUGUCAUAUUUGGCUAGUUUUCUGCCAAUGACUGCAGAUCUCUUUGAAGGCAACAAGUAUUUUUGUUUGAUUGUAGGCCAUCGAAUCAACAUUCUAGGGACCAUGAAUGGCCUCUGAAUUUUGCAGUUGUAUUGAGCUGUAGUUUUGCACUGACUUUUACAAAUUAAAAAUGAUGCUUUUUGCCAA